UUUACAUUUAAAGCCAUAACUAAUAAGAAAUCAAACGAAAAAUGCAAAGAAACAACAACAACUAAGUGGCGUUUUAAAUUCCCACAGCUACGACUUUUAAAUUUAGGACGAAUUACAUAUUUACUUGAAAAGAAGACUAUUCAUACAAAUAUGCUUUCUGCACAGACCUGUGUAACAGGACCGUGUGUAGAUGUGAGAAAACGUGUAAUAAUGCCUGUAUUAUCACCACAUCAAAAUAUGUCUCUGACGGAUAACGCACCACCUAGAGCAAAAAAAGGCAAAAAACAGAAGAAAAGGACGUGAGCUGCACUAAAUGAAUAGCAGGGUUGUCUAAAAUAACACAAAACUACUUUUAUUUAUCACCACGCCAAUCCAUGCACUGCACAAAGCCUGGUGAUUAACGCGCAGAAACGGCAAAAAAAUAAAAAGAAAUAAGAGGGAACAAAUAAAAGAACGAUUAGAGAGAGGGGGCGGGCGAGAGAGAGAGAGGGAGAGAGAGGAGGGAAACAAUAGAGAAUCAAAGCAUAAUAAUAUUCCUAAAUGAAGAGGGAAAUGUUGCAGCGCUCAUUUUAUUAAUCAGACUGUCAAUUUCACCCAAGAGGCCAAACCCAGGAGCAAUCUAAAACAGACUCAGAUCAACCCAGGGACACGCACCUCGCUCCUCACUCCUCUCUUCCUCUCCACUUGGAUAUUAUUCGUCUGACCGAAGGCCGCCUCCAUCAUCAAGUGACAGCCCUCUCCUAUUUAUUUGCUUAUAAACCUGUUACAAUAAAUGAUCAUUGGAGCAACGUCAGCCGAGCAUUUUAACAACGAACAGCUACCACUUUUGAUGAAUGACAUUUUGCUGCUGUGGGGAGGAUGCACGGCUCAUUCUGAGCAGCCGCUCGUCGACCGCAUUCAGAUCCUUUCAUUUUUUUGCGUCUUGCUUAUAAAAAGCUUUAGACUGUUAUUUAGAGACAGUUGCUGAGUUGCAUGCGGAUUUAGCUCCAACACAAGCCAUUGGUGCUCCAGCCCCCCCUGGUUUUUUUUUUCGUCCUGCACGGCUUAAUGAUGGAGAGGAUAAGAAAAGAGAUGAUACUGAUGGAGAGAGGUCUGCACAGUCCCGUCGCGGGGAAGAGGAUCGCAGACACACCUGGAAAUUCGGUCCUGGAGGCCCUGGAAAACUCGCAGCACAGCGGAAGGCUAAGCCCGAGAAUAACUUCGGCUUCUCUUCAUGGAAAUCUUGGGGACAUCCCGACGAAAGGCAAAUUUGAAAUUGACAGCCUUUUCGGGACACAUCACAACAGCGAAAACAGCUCUUCGACAGAGAUUUCGUCUUCAGAAAGCAGAAAGAAAAUGAGCCUUUACUCCGAAGUUUCGCAAGAAUCCGAUAUAAACAGUGAUGUGGAGGUGGGGUGCCCGGCGCAUCGCUCACCGAGCCAGCACAAGGAAAACAAUAAAGGUUUUUCAGACAGUAAUUCUGGAUCUUCCAACACAAGUUCAAACUCCCUCCCGGGCAUGAACGGAAAUUCAACGGGGGGAUCAAACAAUUCCAACAGCGACCAGGUCAGAAGGUACCGGACUGCUUUCACCAGAGAACAAAUCGGGAGACUGGAAAAGGAGUUUUACAGGGAAAAUUAUGUUUCGAGACCGAGAAGAUGUGAAUUAGCCGCAGCACUAAAUCUGCCCGAAACUACAAUUAAGGUCUGGUUCCAGAACAGGCGGAUGAAGGAUAAAAGGCAGCGUUUGGCGAUGUCCUGGCCCCAUCCAGCAGACCCCAGCUUCUACACUUACAUGAUGACGCACGCGGCCGCUACAGGAAGUCUACCUUACCCUUUCCACUCGCACAUGCCUCUACAUUACUACCCGCACGUCGGCGUCACGGCAGCAGCGGCGGCCGCCGCCGCCUCCGGUGCCGCCUCGUCGCCUUUCGCCACGUCCAUACGCCCCCUCGAUACCUUCCGUGCACUGUCCCAUCCCUACUCACGGCCCGAGCUGCUGUGCAGCUUCAGGCACCCGGGACUCUACCAGUCACCCGCAGGCCUGAACACUUCCGCAGCGGCGUCGGCGGCGGCGGCGGCCGCGGCGGCGGCGGCGGCGGUCAGCGCUCCGUCAGCCUCCGGGCCUUGUUCGUGUCUCAGCUGCCACAGCAGCCAGGCGGCGAGCGCUCUGGGCUCCAGGAGCUCCAGCGCUGACUUUACCUGCACAGCCUCGGGGCAAAGAUCCGAGAGUGGAUUUUUGCCGUAUUCUGCCGCUGUUCUCAGCAAAACCUCAGUCCCGUCGCCAGAUCAACGAGAAGAAACUUCACUUAACAGAUAACUCAUGACGCAGUCACGACCGGUCCCUUUUUUGCUCUAGUCCCACUUUACAGGGAACAGGCUCGUUUUAAAUAGCAUAUCACACCUGGGUAAAGCAUUCCUCUCUUAGGCAGCACUGUAAACACACACGAGGAUUAAUUUCUACUAGUCUGAUUCAAGUCCAAAAACGUUUUUUACCUAAAAAAGACACGAAUAGUUGAGCACUGGACAUUUUGCAGCUUAAGAGAAACUUUUCUAAAAAGGCUCGUGCCCUUGUGUUGUGCCAGUUGACCAUAUUUAUGGGCUGUCCUGGAUUAACAUGCAUAUUUGAAAAACAGAAACCUAACAGACCCCGCAGUCAUUCUGUCCCAAUGCUUGCGUCGUUGGUGUCGUUUCCAAUUAAUUUAUCAGUACAACUCCCCGCAAACGGCAACACUCAAAUUCUAUCACAUUUCGCAUUUCUGCGUCAAACGUGGCAAAUUCAGCUUGGCUAUCUUCACCAUUUAGGUUUAAAAAAAAUACAAACGUGAGCUAAUUAUGCUAUCCAAAUUUAGACAGUACAAGGUCCUGCUUUUGUGCCCAGCAGCAUAUCCUUCUUCACUAGGCCUAAUGGACUAAGAUUUUGGCAGCAAUAGCAUCUCCAGCACCCAGCCUCUGCUCUAUGGGGACACCCCUAAUCAGCUAGAAGCUGCAUAUAAUUUUGCACCGCGUCUUUGGUGUCAAUUUCUAUGUUAAUAAUGAGAGGAUCAUGACAAAAAUUGCCAGUCAUGUACCUAGAUGGAGCUCCUUUGAAUACAUGACUGGAAGAAAGUUCCUCGUUUUGAGACCCGCUGUCAAGUGCUAACAACCCGCGGAGGGAAGUCAUUAGACAUACAAAAGACCUGGAACAAAGCGACAGUCCUGGUACACAGAAUGCACUGUAUAACGAUAAUAUUUGAAAGAUGGGGGCUUCAAAAUAUUACCUAAAAGUAGCUUAUGAUGCGCACCUGAAAUUGGUUUUCUGAUUACAGGGAACACCUUGAUUCAUCACCUAUCCUGUAUUUACAUUGCUGAGCCUCGUUAUUUCAAAUCCAGUAUUUUCUUAGGUAUGUAAUCCCUAUAGGACUUCUUAGCGCACACACACACAUAAUGAUGGGACUGAGCAAGACGGAAGUUCAGACAAAAUAGCCUGGCUUUAAAAAUCUGUCUGCGCCUGUAAAAAUGGCUAUGUGCUAUUUUAUUCGUUCCUGUUGGGACAUGACCAAUAUGUUAAUUAUAAAACAUGUGAACUGUAAAUCGUGAAAUAUUUUGCAAAUAUCACUGAUAGUCCUACUCAUACCUGAAAACUGAAAUAUUGAUCGCCCUGGAAAAAAAGCUUCAGGAAAUGUGUAUGGUAGGCUAUUUUUAAACACCUUUUUUUUAUUUAUUUUGUGUGACUUGCUGAAUGUUUGUUUUUGUUAAAACACUGGAGGUACACGCCAAUAGGACCAUGACCUGUAGUCUGCAAAUUGGCCUGCAAACUCACCAGAAGUUCAAAUUAACGACAUGUACCUAUUGUCGUGCUAAAAUGCGACGGAAUUAUAAAAUAGGAACACGUUUGUUUAUGUUCUACUCAAACGAGGCUUUAAAGGGCUGGUAAACGAACACUGAAAUUAAAAUGAUGAAAAUAGUAUUGGCCUUUGUCCCCAGGGUCUCUGUUAUAACGCUAUAUCUCUGUAUUUAAAAGUAUCAAUGACUGUAUGAAUUUAAAUAUUUUAACUUGAAAACAUGUGCAAUAUGAAAUGUAAAUCAUGUUAUUUAUUGAUCGUGUUUGUUCUUGGAAAAUAAAUUUAAAAAACACUUCCGCUUCUUUACAUUAAUGAUCACAUGUACAAGCAAACUAAUUUAGCCUACUACAUUUACCUAUAUUUAAUUUUUAUAUGCAUUUAUUAUGACCCUACCUAAGACAUCUUAGGCUUAUUUAGAUGCAGUGACACCAUUUCUAUGAAAACCCAGUCCAACAUUAAUUAAAAAUACGUGAAAAGCUACAGGGAAUAUGAGGCCUGCCAUCACGGGUCAUUCCGGCCCUAUAAUUUACCAUUAUUUUUACAUUACCUCUAAAUGAUACAAGCUGAUACUGUCGUUAAUUGCUCUUGGUUAAAAUAUAGCCUACACCAGAAUGUCCCCGAGGGAUUUUAAGAUAAGUUGCUUUUUUGAACGUCCCCAUUAAAGAAAUAGGAUUAGGGCAGCAAAUAUGGGCGUGAUAUAUCACCGUGUUUCCUUGCUCUUUACUAAAGCGAGGGCUGCAACCCAUACAACAAAGGCUCCGAGAUAGAUCGAGGUGUAAAAAGGAAAAGUCAGAGGCCAGAAAAACACUGCCCACAAUAACACGAUUAGUUUUGUAUCCAAUGUUCAAGACUGAAAAAAGAAUCCAUCAUAUGCAGAGGACUGUCUGUCACCUUUGCCGAAUGGUUUUUGACAAGAAAAUAAAUCUUUGGGUUGUUUAAUAUAUUUUAUAUUUUCUUUAUUUCGGUGCUAAUAGAAAAACCAAAUUAAAUGUCCACCAGCGAGAUAGAAAUGCAAAGAUCG